AUUUUGAACGUUUUGAGUUUAAAGUUGGACUUAUGGAAAUGUUUUGUUGAUUUUCCAUAUUUAUAUAGAAUUCAAAGGAAAUAUGAUGUCGAGGCACAUUAGUGUUAAAAAAGCUCGGGCGUGCUGGGGGCACAGCGCGACCCGCCCUGCGGCCUCAUCAGCUGAUGCGCCGCAGCCGCCAGUAUUUAAACGCGGCUGCGCGGCGGUUCGGUCCAGACCCAGCAUGCCUCCGCUCGACCGAACCGCGCAGCAGAACAAAACCUUCAAACAGCGCAAGAGCUUCGAUACCAGGAAGAUGGAGGUGGCGGGGAUCCGGUCCAAAUUCCCCAACAAGAUCCCGGUGAUCAUCGAGCGAUACGAGAAGGAGAAAAACCUUCCGCCUCUGGACAAAACCAAGUUCCUGGUUCCGCACGAACUCACCAUGACCCAGUUCGUCACCAUCAUCAGGAACCGGAUGGCGCUGCUGCCCAGCCAGGCCUUCUACCUGCUGGUCAGCAGCAGCAGCCUGGCCAGCAUGUCGCUCACCAUGGCCCAGUUGUACCGGGACCACCAGGACGAGGACGGCUUCCUCUACAUGACCUACGCCUCCCAGGAGAUGUUCGGACUUUGACUGGACCGCAGCGCUGCCGGGCUGAAUCUGCUGUAAAUAGAGAAUAUUUUUUUAGAGAUGUUGACUGAAAAUGUUUUAAUGAUCCAAUAAAUGUUGACUCUGGCUGCGAAAA